AUGGCUAGGGCAACUGGACUAUUUCCACUCUUUUCCACCACCAUGAUAAUCAUGAUCAUCCUAUUCUUGAGUUUGGAGAAAGCUAUUGGUGAGGAUGCUAAAAUGGAUACUGCUAAAUAUUUUACAAGAGGUGCUUGGGUGCCGCCGAAUUGUCCAGUUUCUGAGAUAUUGAAACCAUGUACUGACAACUUUAUUGGAGCCUGUGUUCAUGGAGUUGAUGAUGCUUGUUGCGACAGCAUUUGCAAACACUCCGGCAUUGAUAAAGGAGGCUUUUGCAAACCUCUUCCUUACAAACAGCCACCACCACAUGAUUUCUGCCAUUGCUAUUGUUAG